GUUGGAUCCGUAAUGAGAGAGAUGAGAGAGCAGAGCAUCAAAAUGCAAUUUCAAUCAACGUGCAAUAAUCCAAAAACAAGGAACAGAAGCCAAGGACACCCAAAAGCAGAACUUAGAAACCAUAAGAACAUGAGGAGGAUGACCAAAAUCAUGAUAGACUAGGAAGUAAUGAGAGGAGAAAGAGACAGGAAACUGGUCUAAACAUGAGCUGAGCCAGACAGAGGCAGUAUCUCCGGGGAAAUCAGCAUGUGGCUUUUCAUUGUAAUUUUCAUCAGCAUUAAAGUCCUGGCGAACGGCGAAUGGGACGAGGUGAAGACGGCGAAGGAAGGAGACGACCUCACUCUGCACACGGGAGUUCAACAAAAUAAAGACACUGAGGUUAUAUGGUUUCUUAAAAGCCGCGAGACCCGCCGUAUAGCACAGAUGAAUAAUGGGCAGGUUUUUACUCAUUAUGAGAAGAGACUCGCUGGCAGAUUGCGACUAGAUGAAAUAAGUGGGUCGUUGACCAUCAGGAACAUAAGUGCUAGUGAUUCUGGGGUUUACGAAGUGUCUGUCACCAGAUUACUUGUCUUUGAGAGGAUGAUCAAAAUCGAUGUAUACGCACCCGUAUCUGUUCCUGCUAUUGAGUGCAGAUCAUUGGUUGGUGAGCGGCGGUGCGCAGGUGAGUGUUUUCAGUCCCUUCAGUCGCUUGUCCUGAUCUGGUUCUUGACUAUUGUUAUAAACAAGCGUCUGCCAGGUACUUUGAAGCAGCCACAGAAGACGGAGGAAACGUGCUCCGUGUCCUGCUCGGUGAGAAACGACCGAGACGUGUUCAUCUCGUGGUACAAAGGAGGUGAACUGUUGAACCGGACCAGCGAUCCUGAUCUCAACAUCAACCUCAGUUUACCAUUAGAGCUUCAUCAUGAUGAUCCGGAGAUCUACAGCUGUACAGCAACAAACCCGGUGAACAACAAAACCGUCCGUCUUCACAAAGACAUCUGCCCACGACAGGAAGGUUGUGUGGAUCGCUGCGGGGUCACCGAGGCUCUGGUUCGUCUGGUUCUGUCUGGUCUGGUGGGAAUCUUCACCGUCGUGUUUCUGCUCGAACAUCUGAGCUCCUGCUCGUCUCGGAGAAGAGCUGCUUCUUCUGUGUGACGGGGACUUGCGCGAGAUCUCGCAGGGUUGCAAUAGCCCUUAUUUAUUUGCUGCGGAGAAAAGGCAUCUGCUAAAAUAACAUGGAAUUAUUCGAGUACUUUGCUAAACAUGUGCUGGUCCAAAGCGGGUACCUAACUACCCUAUGUAGGGAAUAUUAGGUACACUCAAACGGUUAUGCAGAUAUUAUAACAUAAAUGUGUUUGUUUGCGUGUGCGUGCGUUUACGAAAGCGUAUCAAUAUUUUUUCUUAUGUUGUAUUCAUUGAAAACGCAGGCUAUUAAAUGUUUUAACAAUCA